AUGGCGACAAUAGGGGAUUUCGACCCACUCAACUCCACGGUACCUGCGACCAAGAUUGAAGUCACCGUUUCCUGCAGGAACCUGCUGGACAUGGACACCUUCUCCAAGUCAGACCCAGUGGUGGUGUUGUAUGUGCAAGGCCUUGGGACCAAGGAGUGGAGAGAGUUUGGCCGGACAGAGGUGAUCGAUAACACGCUGAACCCCGACUUCGUGAGGAAGUUUGUCCUCGAUUUCUUCUUUGAAGAGAAGCAGAACCUUCGCUUUGAUGUGUACAAUGUGGACACCAGAAGCUCCAACCUGUCAAAACAUAAGGACUUCCUGGGUCAGAUGUUCUGCACGCUGGGGGAGAUCAUCGGCUCGACCGGGAGCAGGCUGGAGAGGACGCUCUCUGGGAUUCCUGGGAAGAAAUGUGGAAGCAUCAUCUUCACAGCCGAGGAGCUCAGUAACUGCAGGGACAUCGCCACCAUGCAGCUUUGUGCCAACAAGUUGGACAAAAAGGAUUUCUUUGGCAAGUCCGACCCCUUUUUGGUCUUCUACCGGAGUAACGAGGAUGGGACGUUCACCAUCUGCCAUAAGACGGAGGUGAUCAAGAACAACCUGAACCCGGUUUGGCAGCCGUUCACCAUCCCGGUCCGUGCGCUCUGCAACGGAGACUACGACAGAACGGUCAAGGUGGACGUUUAUGAUUGGGACAGAGAUGGAAGUCAUGACUUCAUCGGAGAGUUCACCACCAGCUACAGAGAGCUGUCCAGAGGCCAGAGCCAGUUCAAUGUUUAUGAGGUUCUGAAUCCUAAAAAGAAAGGCAAGAAGAAGAAAUACAUCAAUUCAGGGACGGUGACUCUGCUGUCUUUCAAAGUGGAGUCAGAAUACACGUUUGUAGACUUCAUCAGAGGAGGGACACAACUCAAUUUCACGGUGGCCAUAGACUUCACAGCAUCGAACGGUAACCCAUCCCAGCCCACCUCGCUGCACUAUAUGAGUCCCUACCAGAUGAAUGCCUACGCCAUGGCCCUGAAGGCUGUGGGGGAGAUCAUUCAGGACUACGACAGUGACAAGCUCUUCCCUGCCUACGGCUUCGGUGCCAAGCUUCCCCCGGACGGGAAGAUCUCCCACGCCUUCCCACUGAACUCAAACACAGAAAACCCAAACUGUGUGGGGAUCGAAGGCGUACUGGAGGCUUAUUUCCAGAGCCUGCGCACCGUUCAGCUGUACGGCCCAACCAACUUCGCUCCUGUCAUCAACCAGGUGGCUCGGUGUGCAGCGGACGUGACCGACGGCUCCCAGUACUUUGUGCUGCUGAUGAUCACAGACGGUGUUAUCUCAGACAUGGCUCAGACCAAGGAGGCCGUGGUCAACGCAGCUGCUCUGCCCAUGUCUAUCAUCAUAGUAGGAGUGGGCCCUGCUGAGUUUGACGCGAUGGAGGAGCUCGAUGGCGAUGAGGUCAGAGUGUCCUCCAGGGGGCGCUUUGCAGAGAGAGACAUCGUCCAGUUUGUUCCUUUCCGGGAUUACAUCGACCGGUCGGGAAAUCAGGUCCUCAGCAUGGCCCGGCUCGCCAAGGACGUCCUGGCCGAGAUCCCCGACCAGCUUCUGUCCUUCAUGAAGACCCGGGGGAUCGAACCUCGGCCCGCCGUGCCGGCCACCUCCGACUCGCCCAGCACAGCCACCACCACCACGACCACCGCUCCGGCGCCCAAGGGACGCAACACGCACGCCUGA